CUCUCCCAUUUCUCUUUCGCUCCAUUUUCUUCUCAUCUUCUUCUUCCUUUCUCUCACACAACACCAAAACAGAGAAAACGAAAGAAAACAGAGUGAAGCAACAAUGGAGUUACGGUUUUCAUCACACUUCAUUUUCACCAUUCUCGCUAUCACGCUUCUUUUUGCUUUCACCAAUGCUAUUGAUUCUAAUGAAUCACGUGUUGUGAAUGGAGAAGAGAAGUUGAAGAUGCAGAGCUUGAAUAAUUCAUCAAUGGCGGAAAGCUUAAGUCAUGAUGCUAUCAACGAGCAUGCAGUUGAUAAUCCAGAGGAGAUUGCUUCCAUGGUUGAUACGACUAUACGCAAUCACACGGAGAGAAGGAGUCUGAGUUUUUUCUCAUGUGGGACUGGAAAUCCAAUGGAUGACUGCUGGCGCUGUGACAAGCUUUGGUACCGCCGCCGAAAGCGGUUGGCUGAUUGUGCCAUUGGCUUUGGUCGCAAUGCUAUUGGUGGCCGCGACGGAAGGUACUACGUUGUGAAUAACCCAAGAGAUGACGACCCUGUGAACCCAAGACCUGGCACUCUCCGUCACGCCGUCAUUCAAGAUAGGCCAUUGUGGAUUGUGUUCAAGAGAGACAUGGUGAUCACCCUGAAGCAAGAAUUGAUCAUGAACAGUUUUAAGACCAUAGAUGGUCGUGGUGCCAAUGUUCAUAUUGCCUUUGGAGCAUGCAUUACUAUUCAAUUUAUCACCAAUGUCAUCAUCCAUGGUGUCCAUAUCCAUGAUUGUAAGCCGACUGGAAAUGCUAUGGUUCGUAGCUCCCCUUCCCAUUUUGGAUGGAGGACAAUGGCUGAUGGUGAUGGCAUUUCCAUCUUUGGUUCCAGUCAUAUUUGGAUUGACCACAACUCUCUGUCUAAUUGCGCUGAUGGUCUUGUUGAUGCUAUUAUGGGAUCCACCGCCAUUACCGUUUCCAAUAACUACUUCACCCACCACAAUGAGGUUAUGCUAUUGGGCCACAGUGACUCAUAUGUUCGUGACAAGCAGAUGCAAGUAACCAUUGCAUACAACCAUUUUGGGGAGGGUCUUAUCCAAAGGAUGCCAAGAUGCAGACACGGGUAUUUCCACGUGGUAAACAAUGACUAUACACACUGGGUGAUGUAUGCUAUUGGAGGCAGUGCUGAACCCACAAUUAACAGCCAAGGCAACAGAUACCUUGCCCCUCAGAAUCCUUUUGCCAAAGAGGUGACAAAGAGGGUGGAUACAGGGUCCGGAAUAUGGAAGGGUUGGAAUUGGAGGUCUGAGGGAGACCUUUUGCUAAAUGGAGCUUUUUUCACUCCAUCAGGAAGAGGAGCUGCAGCAAGCUAUGCUAGAGCCUCAAGUUUAGGGGCCAAACCAUCUUCUUUAGUUGGUACUUUAACUGCAGGUGCUGGUGUUAUUAAAUGUCGCCGGGGUGGCAUGUGUUAAUACAAAGCAGUAUCAACAACCAAAGGAGUAAAGGGAAAGAACCUAAGCAAACUGAAAAAAAGAAAAGGAGAGAAAGAAAAGCAUAAAGGAAUGGAAGAAAGAAAAGUUUUCAUUCUUUUUCCUCUUAUUAUUGCAUUGUUAUAGUAGAUUUGGAUUGGAUGAGUAUGCACUUGCAGUUGAAGCAACUGUUAUUUACACCCACUGUUUAUCUUGUCAACAGUUAGAUUUUGGGCGUAAAAAUUGUACAUUUAUGAGAACUGUUGUUGUUAUUGGAUUGAUAACAAUGAUUACUUAGAAGCCAUCUCUCACUUUUGGAGAUUAUUGGUUAUUGCAAUAGAUUUCCCUCUAAUUUUCCAAGGGAUUCAAAAUUUAUUUUACUCCCUUCCCCUUAGUUUCUUUUUGUCUUCCUAUAUGUAUCCUCUGCUGUAUGGGCUUUUGACCCUGUGGCUGUGGAAUAGUGUACUCCUCUCGAUUGUGUAUGUGUGCCAUUUAUUUAGAAAACACUUGAUCUGUCCCAAAUGAAAUGGGCAAUAGGAAUGUAUUGAUCAAAUAGUUGGUGUUCAAAUCAGAAUGUAUCAUCUUAUA